AUGACGCAGCAAGGUCCCCUUUCGUCCGCGCUGGACCGCAUAGUCCACGAACUACGCUCAAAAAAUGACGAAACACGACAGCGAGCAGCAAACACACUGCGACAGACGGUUGAAGCGGCGCACCGAGAACUCGCGCCCAACGUCUUUACCAAUUUCAACAAUGAAGUUUACACCAAGAUCUCCGGCCUCAUUGUCACGGGCAGCGACUCGAACGAACGCAUCGGCGGUAUCCACGCCCUCAACGCCCUGAUCGACUUCCGCGGCGACGAUGCAGGACAGAAGACGACGCGCUUUGCUUCGUACCUGAGGGCCGUGAUGCGGGGCCAGGAUGUCACGGCCAUGGUGGUAGCAGCCAAGGCUCUGGGACGACUGGCGAAGCCCGGCGGCACCCUCACGGCAGAGCUGGUCGAGGCAGAGGUCAAGGGCGCGUUGGAGUGGCUGCAGUUGGAGCGCCUGGAGAAUAGACGCUUCGCUGCUGUCCUCAUACUACGCGAGCUGGCGAAAAACUCUCCCACGCUCAUGUACCAAUGGAUUGCACAAAUCUUUGAAGUCAUAUGGGUUGCCCUCCGGGACCCCAAGGUCCUCAUUCGAGAGUCUGCCGCCGAGGCAAUCAGCGCAUGCUUCGAGAUCAUCUCCCCACGCGACUCGCAAAUGCGCCAGCUCUGGUUCGGCAAGGUCUACGACGAGAUUCUCCGCGGAUUCACCAUCAACACCAAUGAAGCGAUCCAUGGCUCGCUCCUUACCAUGAAGGAGCUGCUCGACAAGAGCGCAAUGUUUAUGAAUGACCAAAAGUACAAGGAGACUGUUGAGCAGGUACUCAAGUACCGGGAGCAUCGCGAUGCUCUGGUUCGAAGAGAAGUGGUCCUUAUCAUACCUAUACUCGCUGGCUAUUCACCAACCGAAUUCGCCACAAAGUACCUGCAUCAAUGUAUGCUACACCUCCAGGGUCUAAUUAGGAAAGACCGCGACCGAGACAAGGCAUUCGUAGCCAUUGGUCAGAUUGCGAAUGCCGUCGGAGUUGCCAUCUCACCUUAUCUGGAGGGGAUUCUAGGCUUCAUACAGGAGGGCCUGAUUGCCAAGUCCCGGAAUAAGAGCGGUAUCAACGAAGCGCCUAUAUUCCAAUGUCUUAGUAUGAUAUCAGCAGCGGUCGGCCAAGCCCUCACCAAGUCUGUUGAGCGACUACUGGACCCUAUUUUCUCAUGCGGGCUGAGCGAUUCUCUCUUCCAAGCACUUGUAGACAUGGCGCAUUACGUACCGCCUUCGCGGCCGAUGAUUCAAGAAAAACUCCUUGAUCUCCUCAGCCAGAUCCUCGCCGGCCGACACUUCUUACCCCUAGGCAGCCCAUAUCAGGUAUCUCAGCCUCCGCAAAUAUGGACACGUGACCACAAAGACCCACAAACCAUCGCCCCAAGAGAAGCUGAGAUUGCACUAGCCCUGCACACACUCGGCAGUUUCGACUUCACGGGCCAUGUUCUGAACGAGUUUGUUCGCGAUGUUGCGAUCCGAUACGUAGAGGCGGAUAAUCCCGAGAUCCGCAAACGCGCCGCGUUAACUUGCUGCCAGCUCUUUGUCAAGGAUCCUAUUGUCCACCAGACAAGUACUCACGCGACCAAAGUAGUUGGAGACAUCAUCGAAAAACUCUUGACUGUCGGUGUGGGUGACGUUGAUCCAGACAUAAGGUGGGAUGUCCUAAUAGCCCUGGAUGCUCGGUUCGACCGACAUCUCGGCAAAGCGGACAAUGUUCGUACUCUGUUCCUUGCACUGAACGAUGAGGUAUUCGGUAUUCGAGAAGCUGCCAUGUCCAUCAUUGGUCGACUCACAGCUGUGAAUCCUGCUUAUGUCUUCCCUUCACUCCGCAAAGUCCUUUUGCAGCUACUCACCGAGGUCAACUAUGCCAACAGCCCGCGGAGUAAGGAAGAAAGUGCCAAGUUAAUUAGUAGUCUUGUCGGUGCUGCUGACAGUCUCAUCAAGCCACUGAUCGACCCAAUCGUCGAGGUCCUUUUGCCCAAGUGUAAGGAUCCAAAUCCAGAAGUCGCGUCAACGACACUCAAAGCCAUUGGUGACCUCGCCACAGUCGGCGGCGAGGGCAUGAUCAAAUACAUCAAGGAUCUGAUGCCCGUCAUCCUGGAUUUCAUGCAAGAUCAGACGUCGGAUGCUAAGCGCUUCUCUGCUCUGAAAGCUCUCGGGCAGCUAGCUACCAACGCUGGCUAUGUUAUAGAGCCAUACAGAGACUACCCAGAGCUGAUGAACAUUCUCAUGAGCAUUGUGAAGAUAGAACAGGAAGGUGAACUCCGAAGAGAAACUGUUAGGCUCAUGGGCACCCUUGGAGCUCUAGACCCCGACGAGUAUCAAAAGAUCAUGGAGCAGUCGCCCGACAAGCACCUUAUCUUGGAAGCGCAGGCCAUCACCGAUGUCUCGCUCAUCAUGCAAGGCAUCACGCCCUCAAACGAAGAGUAUUACCCCACAAUCGUCAUCAGCACACUCAUGGGUCUGUUGAAAGAUCCAUCACUGGUCCAGUACCACACGGCAAUCGUAGAGGCUGUUAUGAACAUUUACGCAACAAUGGGCUUGAAGUGUGUGUCUUUCCUUAACCAGGUUGUGCCAGGUUUCCUCCAUGUCAUAAAAUCUACGCCAGCGGGACGGUCGGAGGGCUACUUCAACCAGCUCAGUCAACUCGUUCGGAUCGUUCGCCAACACAUUCGCCCUUACUUACCAAGUAUCCUGGCAACGAUUAAAGAGUACUGGAGUAGCAGUCCACAGCUCCAAGCCACCAUUCUUUCACUGAUCGAGGCCAUUGCUCGCUCGUUGGAAGGCGAAUUCAAGGUCUACUUGGCGGAUGUACUACCACUCAUGCUCAGUGUGCUUGACUCUGAUCAGACUGGCAAGCGUUUACCUUCAGAGAGAGUACUACACGCGUUCCUCAUCUUCGGCUCGAGCGCCGAAGAGUAUAUGCAUCUCAUCAUUCCAGUCAUGGUCAAGAUGUUCGAUAAGCCUGGCCAACCUAUACAGAUCCGGAGACAUGCUAUCGAAACUUUAGGGCGUCUUUCAAAGCAAGUCAAUGUUUCCGAGUUCGCCGCACGUAUCGUGCACCCUCUCUGUCGAGUGCUUUCUGGUAGCGAGCCAACACUGAAGCAGACUGCACUCGAGACGCUCUGUGCACUUAUCUUUCAGCUCGGUCCAGACUACAUCCACUUUGUACCUACUGUGAACAAGAUCUUUAUUGCGCACAAGGUACCUCAUGAGAACUAUGGGCGCAUCGUUUCGAAGUUGCAGAAGGGUGAACCCUUACCCCAAGAUCUCAGCCCAGAUGAGCGUUACGGUGAAGAUGACGAAGACUUGAAUCCCGCGGAAAUCCUCACCAAAAAGCUAGCGGUCAACCAGCAGCAUCUCAAACAAGCAUGGGAGGCCUCGAACAAAACGACCAAAGAGGAUUGGAUCGAGUGGAUGCGACGAUUCAGCGUGGAAUUGCUGAGAGAAUCACCACAACAAGCACUGCGCGCCUGCACACCACUCGGUAGCGUGUACAACCCAAUCGCCAGAACUUUGUUCAACUCUGCAUUUGUCUCGUGCUGGACAGAGCUGUAUGAUCAAUACCAAGAGGAGCUUGUGCGUUCCAUCGAGACUGCACUCACGUCGCCCAAUAUCCCGCCUGAGAUAUUGCAAGUCCUGCUGAACCUGGCAGAAUUUAUGGAACACGACGACAAGGCUCUACCAAUCGACGUCCGGAUACUUGGCAUGUAUGCCGGCAAAUGUCACGCAUUUGCCAAGGCACUACAUUAUAAGGAGCUCGAAUUCAACGCGGAGCAGAAUUCCAGCGCUGUGGAAGCCCUUAUCAGUAUCAACAACCAACUGCAGCAGACCGAUGCUGCCUUCGGUAUUUUGCGUAAGGCGCAAAAUUACCAUGACGUUGAGUUGAAAGAGACUUGGUUUGAGAAGUUGCAGAAGUGGGACGAAGCGCUCGCAGCGUACCAGAGGCGUGAGCUUGAAGAGCCAGACUCCUUUGACGUUACCAUGGGCAAGAUGCGCUGCUUGCACGCUCUGGGCGAAUGGGAUCUUCUUUCCAGCUUGUCAAAGGAGAAGUGGGCCAAUGCGACACAAGAGUACCGCAAGGCGAUAGCACCGCUUGCCGCAACGGCCGCAUGGGGUCUGGGUAAGUUUGCUGACAUGGAUAAUUACCUUGGUGUCAUGAAGGAACAGUCGCCCGACCGUGCGUUCUUCGCAUCGAUUCUCAAUAUCCACAACAACCGGUUCGAAAUCGCCGUGGAAGAGAUUGCUAAAGCUCGCAAGGGUCUCGACACCGAGCUCAGUUCACUUUUGGGAGAGUCGUACCAGCGUGCUUAUUUACCAAUGAUCCGCGUGCAGAUGUUGGCGGAACUUGAGGAGAUUAUGCAGUACAAGCAAAACGAGGGAAACCAUGAAAAGCAGAAGAGCAUGCGAAAGACUUGGAUGAAGCGACUCAGGGGGCUACAACCGAACCCGGAAGUUUGGCAGCGCAUGAUCAAGGUGCGACAGCUUGUCAUCUCACCACAAGAAGGAACCGACAUGUGGAUAAAGUAUACCAACCUUUGCCGCAAGAGCAAUAGGAUGAACCUCGCAAACAAGGCCUUGCAGAAACUACUGGAUAUCGAGAGUACAGGCGACAGUACUGUCGUCGAGUUUGUACGCAACAAUGCCCACGCUAUCUCACACCCGGUUGCGUAUACUACGUACAAAUACAUGUGGGCAGAUCAAAACAACAAGCAGGAGGCCCUUGAUAGCAUGAAGGAAUUCACCGGACGACUGUCUGAGGACCUGGCUAUGCGAACUAGGGCCGCAGCAAAUCCAAUGAUGGGUCAGAACGGAAUGAACGGCAUGUCCAAUGGCCAGCACAUGUUCAACAACAUGAAUCCAUUUGCUACCACCAAUGGGCAUAACGGCGUGAAUGGUAUUAAUGGAUCAGCCAUGUUGAAUGGAUCAGCAGCAGGUGUCUCACCGAGCGAACUUGUCCAAUGCCAUCGUCUACUUGCCAAAUGCUACCUCAAGCAGGGAGACUGGCAGCAAGAACUUCAGGACGGCGAAUGGGAACACGAGUAUGUGCACGAGAUACUUGCCGCUUACGCCGCAGCCACACGUUACAACAAGGACUGGUAUAAAGCAUGGCAUGCCUGGGCACUCGCCAACUUUGAAGUCAUCAACUCGAUCACGUCCAAGUCUGACCGGGAGGCUACUGAAGUGCCUAAUAACAUUAUCCACGAUCACGUCAUCCCGGCUAUUCAGGGCUUCUUCAAGUCUAUCGCGCUGUCUUCAACUAGCUCGCUUCAGGAUACACUCAGACUGCUUACGCUGUGGUUUGGUUAUGGUGGAAGGGAGGGAGUCAAUCGUACCAUUACAGAAGGAACUAAAUCGGUACCUAUUGAUACGUGGCUCGAGGUUAUCCCGCAACUCCUCGCUAGGAUUAAUCAGCCAAACGCUGUGGUUAGACAGUCUAUCCACCAGCUGCUUAUCGAAGUUGGAAAGGCACAUCCUCAAGCUUUGGUGUUCCCGUUGACAGUCUCGAUGAAGUCCGAUGUAUCUCGACGCCAGCGAUCGGCAAAGGAGCUCAUGGAGGCAAUGCGCGAGCAUUCGCCAAAACUAGUCGAGCAAGCUGAUCUUGUGAGCCACGAGCUCAUUCGUAUCGCCGUCCUAUGGCACGAACAAUGGCACGAGGGCCUCGAGGAAGCCAGCCGACUUUACUUCGGUGACCAUAACAUAGACGGAAUGUUCGCUACACUCGCGCCCCUGCAUGCCAUGCUCGACAAGGGACCGGAGACAUUGCGCGAGAUCUCGUUUAUCCAGUCUUUCGGCCGCGAACUCCAAGAGGCUCGCGACUGGUGUAAUACGUUUAGGACAUCGGGCGAAAUUGGCGACCUCAACCAGGCGUGGGAUCUCUACUACCAGGUGUUCCGCAAGAUCGCUCGUCAACUGCCGUCCUUGAUGACGCUUGAGUUGCAGUAUGUCUCACCAAAACUCAAAGACGCGCACGACCUUGAGCUCGCUGUUCCCGGAACGUACCAAGUUGGCAAACCAGUCAUUCGAAUCAUAUCGUUUGAUCCAGUCGCAUCUGUCAUCCAAUCUAAGCAGCGACCCAGGAAAUUGGAAAUGCGCGGCAGCGACGGCAAGGCACAUACGCAUAUCCUCAAGGGACACGAAGAUAUCCGCCAAGAUGAACGUGUCAUGCAACUCUUUGGCCUCUGCAACACACUUCUUUCCAACGACGUGGAGUCACGUAAGCGUCAUCUCAACAUCCAACGCUAUGCCGCCGUUCCGCUUAGCACGCAGUCUGGUCUUCUUGGGUUUGUUCCUAACAGCGACACACUCCAUGUUCUCAUUCGCGAGUACCGCGAUAGCAGGAAGAUUCUUCUCAACAUCGAACACCGCAUCAUGCUACAGAUGGCGCCCGAUUAUGACUGCCUUACCCUUAUGCAAAAGGUCGAAGUCUUUGGGUAUGCGCUGGAUAAUACGACCGGUCAAGAUCUUUACCGUGUCUUGUGGCUCAAGUCCAAGUCUUCGGAAGCCUGGCUUGAUCGCCGUACCAAUUACACGCGCUCGCUGGCAGUCAUGUCAAUGGUGGGCUAUAUUCUGGGUCUUGGAGAUCGCCAUCCCAGUAACUUGAUGCUUGACCGAAUUACCGGCAAGGUCAUUCACAUUGAUUUCGGAGACUGCUUCGAAGUAGCCAUGCACCGAGAGAAAUAUCCAGAACGUGUGCCGUUCCGGUUGACACGCAUGUUGACGUAUGCCAUGGAAGUUAGUAACAUCGAGGGCAGCUACCGGACAACUUGUGAACAUGUCAUGCGGGUACUGAGAAGUAACAAGGAGAGUGUCAUGGCAGUGCUUGAAGCUUUUAUACACGAUCCUCUUCUGACGUGGCGCCUCAACCACCGUGAUACUUCCCCAGUUGAACCAAACUACCCAUCGGAACGCCGUCAAUCCAUAAUGGGCGAAGCAGCGAACGUUCCGCCCGAACAUCAAAUGUCCAGCAUCGUCGGUCGUCCCCGUCACCGGUCCUCAGUCGCGCCGCCCCAGAACAACGACGUCGAUGCCAAGGAAGUGCAGAAUGCGCGGGCAUUGCAGGUGCUGAGCAGGGUCAAGGAGAAGCUCACAGGCCGAGAUUUCGGAAAGGGCGAGGAUCUCCCGACUGAGAUACAGGUUGAUAGGCUUAUCAAAGAGGCAACGAAUUUGGAGAAUCUAUGCCAGCAUUACAUAGGAUGGUGUAGUUUCUGGUAA